AUGUUUGAUUUCGAUGAUCUGGAGAGAGUGCUCUCUGAAGACGAGGGGAGCCAUGCUUCGGACGCGGAGGGCCUGGCGCAGCCCAGACCGAAAAAGCCUGUUCAGGAGCAUGGUCACGUGCGCAUCUGGGCAAUAUCCGAUCUCCAUACGGACGAUCCCAAGAAUAAGGAGUGGCUUGAACACAUUGACACCAAAGACACAGCCAACGAUGUCAUCAUAGUAGCUGGGGACAUUUCUCACAAGUGGGAAAUCAUUCGUGCCACCUUGACCUUCUUCAAGGAGCACUAUGGCCGGGUGUUCUAUGUUCCUGGCAACCACGAGCUGUGGGGUGGUGCAGAGGAGGAUUCUAUGCAAAAGCUGGAAAAGCUGCUGAAGCUUUGCGCAGAGCUUCAUGUCGAGAUAGCACCUGCCGAGGUUGCAACAAGCAGCCGCCGCGUGUUGGUCGUUCCUCUAUUGUCCUGGCAUCAUCCUCAAUGGGACACAGAACCAGACAUCGAAGGCUGGCAGGGCUUGCUGCCGGUAGAUCAGAUGCUCAGCGAUUACCCGCUGACUCAUUGGCCACGAGGCAUCUCCAUCAAGGACGGAACAGCAGCUAAAGCGGUUGAUAAGAUCAACGAUCGACUCAUGGACUGGGAGCAGAUCCUGGCUUUCCGCAAAAGCUUUCAUGAGGUCCUUUCCUUCUCGCACUUUCUGCCUCGCGUCGAGGCAAAUCCUGAAAAAAGAUACCUUAGCUACCCAAACCUUGCCAAAGGCAUCGGGUCCAACUACCUGCGUGCACGCGUAGAAGCAUUAAAGCCGGAUGUGCAUGUGUUCGGCCAUACUCAUUUCGGCUACGAUCUCGUAGUGGAUGGAAUUCGUUAUGUGCAGGCUCCGUUGGCUAUGUCAUCCGAGCGGCAAUCCCGCGGCACAACGGUCGCAGUGGGCGAUUUUCCGGACGGCAAGUCUCGUCCGCAUCCGUUUCUCGUUUGGCACUCCCGCAGUGGCUGGGCGCCUCGCUGUCGGGGAGCAGCUUGGUCAGCCUACGUUGAGCGAUAUGGUCGGCGCCCAGACGUCACGUCUCUAGUUCCGUCCUACGUAGCAGACUGUGGCCUUGAGCCAAUCAGUGGUAUUGGCGGCGCAAAAGCCAAAGUGGGAUGGCUGCCUGGCAGGAUGCCCGUUUGGUUCUUCGGGCCACGUGAGCACAGAAUUCGCGAGGCUGCAGCAGAGGCCGACAAGGUUGCAGAGCGCUUGCGGAAAGAGGCUGCCGGCACCUUCAAGCGCAAGCAGCGGAAGCAGAUCGGAUCCGAUGAGCCUCUUCUCAUCGAGGCCUCUGAGGUAGCGAUCCUGAUGAACAAGGGGGAAGUCGCAAUUCUUGACGUUCGAGAGGGCGACUUCGCUAGCCGGCCUGCCGGAUGCGUGCCUUUGUCGCACCCAUCACAAACCAGCAACUUUGCGGCUCUCCCGGACGCAGAGCUUCUGGAGCUCGGUGAGCGGAUGAUGACGGGAGGGGGGCCACGCAUCCUGGUGGGAGAAGGAAGCUCGCCAGCUAGCUGCCGCCAUGCUGCGUUGCUCCUGGCUGCCCUUCUUCGUCUGUGGCCAAGGGACGUGCGACCACUGCGCGGUGGCUUCGAUGCUUGGGUGAAACAAGGCCUUCCAGUGGAGCCCACAGGCUCACUGGGGCAGGGAGGCUACUAA